AUGCAAGAAGCAUGGGAUUCAACUAAGAACAAAGCCAAUAAUGCUGCUGACAGUGUAAAACAGACUUGUGCAGAUGGAAAAGCAGAGGUAGAGGCAAAGGCAGAUAGGGCUGCUGAGAAUGUAAAACAGACUUGCGCAGAUGGAAAGGCAGAGGCAGAGGCAAGGGCAGAUAGUGUUUCUGAUAAGGUUUCUGAAAAAACUAAACAAUCAGCUGAGUAUGUCAAAGAUAAUGCUGAGGCAAUCAAGUAUACUCAUGCAUGCAGCCCAAUAGAUGCAACUUUGGUGGCUACAGGGGGUGGUGAUGCCAGAGGAAUUUUAUGGAAGAUUGGCCAAGGAAAUAGGGCUUCUGAGCUUCAAGGUCAUUCUGAUUCUGUAUCUAGUUUAGCUUUUAGCUAUGAUGGGAAGUUUCUUGCAUCUGGAAGCAUGGAUGGAAUUGUUCAAGUUUGGGAUGUAUAUGGAAAUUUGAGUAGUGUGCUUAAUGGUCCUAAUGGUGGCAUUGAGGUAAAAUGAGAUUCUUAACUUUCCCAUGAAAUCUUU